UUCAAAUUGGGAGAUACUUUAAAAAAUCAGCCGAACCAAACUCCGAACCUCAGGCUCGGCCACACCUUCGUACAUAAAACCCACACUCACACCGCCUCCCACGCAUUUUCCCUUUCGCUCUUUUCCCCUUUCUUAGCCGAGAAGAUUAUUUUUCAAAUUCAUUCAUUCCACAGUCUGAUUUUGCUUUUCUAAGUCUUUGGGAUUUUGAAUCGGCUGUAAUAUCAGCGAUGGCGGAGCAGGAGGAGAUCUCAGAUCCGAGGGAGUCUCUGGUCGAUAAAAUCUCCGAUAAGCUUCACGGCAGUAGCGAUACGUCGUCGUCUUCUUCGUCGAACUCGGAUUCCGAGCCUCAGAAGGAACCAGCGCGGCCAUCGCAUUCUCCGGUCAAGGAGAAGAUCUACAGGCUGUUUGGCCGGGAAAAUCCGGUUCAUAAAGCUUUUGGCGGAGGCAAACCUGCUGAUGUAUUCUUGUGGAGGAACAAGAAAAUAUCUGCCUCAGUGCUUGGUGUGGCCACUGCAGUCUGGGUUCUGUUUGAGUUGCUCGAGUAUCAUCUUAUUACUCUGGUGUGUCACAUUGUUAUCCUCGCUCUCUCCUUAUUGUUCUUGUGGUCGAAUGUGACAACUUUCAUCAACAGAAAACCUCCUCAAAUUCCGGAUGUUCGGCUCCCAGCAGAACCAUUUGCUGAGGUUGCAUCUGCCCUUCGUGUUGAGAUUAAUCGUGCUCUUGCUGUGUUGAGGGAAAUCGCAUCUGGCCGGGAUCUGAAGAAGUUUCUUCUGGUUGUUUUUGGCCUUUGGGUACUUUCGAUAGUGGGCAGCUUCUACAACUUCUUGACACUGUUUUACAUAGUGUUUGUGCUGCUGCACUCUGUGCCCGUCUUGUAUGAGAAGUAUGACGACAAGAUUGAUGCCUUUGCUGAAAAAGCAAGUAUCGAGAUCAAGAAGCAGUAUGCAGUGUUCAAUAGCAAGGUCCUUAGCAAGAUACCAAGGGGACCGUUGGAUAAGAAGCGGGCUUAAAUCUUACUGAAUGAUUUAACAGUGGUAACUUAAAUCUCUGUAUUUGCAGUAGCAGUAAUGACUUGAAACGUAUGGUCUUGGCACUUGAUGUUUUUAUUUGCCAGCAAGAUUUGGAAUAUCAUUAGUUUGUAAUCUUUUGGAUAUCUGUUAUGUUCUAGAUUAUCAUAAUAGGUUUUGCAAAUUGUUUUAAUUUUAGUAAGAAAAUUUAUGGCUGCCUGGCCUCCUGACUGAGCCGUUGCAUGUCUUCGUCAGAAAAUCCGAGCAUGUGAACCAUUAGAAGCCGUUGCUUGAUAAUGAUUUUAGUUCCUUUUAAUUUCACAUAUUUGUUCAGGUUCUUUGAGGCCGAGUUAAACUUCACACCUCACAUCCUUUACUGUGGUUUCUUUGGAAAUAUGUCACCGAUAGUUUGAUCAGUGUCCGUACAUGUAAAACAGCUCGUUUUAUAACGUGUCGAC